CACCCAUCAACGUUAUCAAUUAUUUCCCAAAACUAUAUUUUUCAAAAGCCUAUCACUGCUGGUCUUCUUCUUCUUUAAACACUUGUGACAUGUGUAAGUACCAAUAGAUCCACUCUCCUCCUCGUAAAAAUCCAAAUCGAAUCACGUUCCGUUUGCUAACCAAAGCAAUAAUUUUGCUCCAUAUAAUUAUUAGAAAAACUUUCUGACCUGCAACUAAUCCCAAAACCAGAGAGAUUUAAGCCAUCUAAGCACCUUCCAUGUAAUCCACCAUUAUCACAAAACCCUCGUUCUUGUUUUGCUCCUCUACUUUGUUUUGUCAUCUUAAACCCUUCAAAAAUGUUCCUUCUUCCUUCUCUCUAAUCACACCUUUUGUGUCUCUGUAAUUACUAGAAACAAAUUAUGACACUUUCAGCUCCAAAACCGCUGCUGAUUCUGUGUACUCUAUCAUUUUACUUCUCUUAUGUCAUGGCCUUUUCGGCCGGAGACCCCCAGAUCCUGCUGCGUGUGAAAGCGCAACUCGACGACCCGGAUGGAAACCUCAACGACUGGGUUCCCGGCAGCAACCACAGUCCAUGCAACUGGACAGGUAUCACUUGUGAGCACAAAAACUUCUCCAUUGUUUCAAUAGACAUGUCGGGGUUCAAUAUUCGCGGCCGGUUUCCGGUCGAGCUGUGCCGGAUUCGGACGCUACAGAACCUCACUUUGAACAGCAACAGCAUCAACGGUACUCUCUUAACUACACCCCUCUCUCUGUGUUCACACCUCCAAGCUUUGGAGAUCGAGGACAACGAAAUCGUCGGACACUUGCCGGAAUUUCCUCCGGGGUUUGAUGAUUUACGGGUCCUGAAUCUCCAAAAGAACAACUUCACUGGAGAUAUCCCGGAGAGUUUCGGCCGGUUUCCGCAACUUAGAGUACUGAAGCUUUCAGGGAACUUGCUCACCGGUCCGUUCCCUAAGUUGUUGACAAACCUGAGCCAGUUGACUCGUUUGGAAAUGGCUUAUAAUCCAGCAAUGAAGCCUAGUGUGUUGCCUCCAGAAAUCGGAAACAUGACCAAUCUCGACUGGCUGUUUCUCUCUCAGAUAAAUCUCACAGGCCCUAUUCCAGAAACGAUCGGAAACUUGGUCUCGCUAACAAACCUGGACUUGUCCCGGAAUUCAUUAUCCGGUACUAUUCCAGAGAGCAUUGGAAGAUUGAGAAGCGCAGUGCAAAUUGAGCUUUUCUUGAACCAAUUGUACGGCGAAUUGCCGGAGAGUCUUGCAAAUUUGACGUCUCUGCAGAACUUGGAUUUGUCACAGAACGGAUUCACAGGUACAUUCUCUGAAACAAUCGCAGGAAUUCGAUUUGUUUCUCUGCGACUCGCCGACAACUUACUAGAAGGCUCUGUUCCGGAGAUCAUUGCCAACAAUCCUGAUCUGGUUCAGCUGCAUCUCUUCAACAACAGCUUCUCCGGUACUCUCCCGGAAAAUCUCGGUCGAAAUUCAACUCUGCAAGAAUUGGAUGUUUCGACUAACAAGUUCACCGGCGAGCUGCCUAGUUCUCUCUGCUACGGUAAAAAUCUCAGCAGUCUGGUCAUAUUCGGGAACCAAUUCACUGGUAACAUACCAGAUACGUUGAGCCAGUGUCAAUCUCUUGAAUAUGUACGAUUCGAGUACAAUCAACUCUCCGGUGAAGUACCGGCCAAGUUUUGGGGUCUGCCUCUGCUCACUGAUCUACGAAUGCAGAACAACAGACUCAGCGGAUCAGUUUCGUCUUCCAUUUCCUCUGCCAAUGGUCUCCAAGUACUUACAAUCUCCGGCAACAUCUUCUCCGGCGAGCUUCCACCGCAGAUUUGCAAGUUGUCCGAGCUGAUAGAGCUGGACGUGAGCGACAAUCAGUUUUCCGGUGCAGUUCCAUCUUGUGUAACAGAGCUGAAGAAUCUGCAGGAGCUUAGGAUGCAGCACAAUUUGUUCAGCGGUGAGAUUCCAAGACAUUUGAGUCCAUGGACCCAGCUGACUGAGUUAAACCUAUCGAAAAAUCGAUUCUCUGGUACAAUUCCUCCCGAGCUAGGUGAUUUGCUGGUUCUGAAUUACUUGGACCUCUCUGAUAACUCACUCACCGGUGAGAUUCCGGUGGAAUUGACCAGGCUUAAGCUCGGACAGUUCAAUCUCUCAGACAACAAACUGUACGGUAAGAUACCUACUGGGCUGGACUACGAGCUUUUCGUACCGGGUCUACUUGGCAACCCGGGUCUAUGUAGUUUGAAUUUGAAGCCGAUUCAUCCAUGUCAGAGACGUAAAUCUCAUACUGCUUUAUUGGCUGUUGUUCUCUCCGUUUGCAUUGUACUUCUUGUUGGGUUAGUUCUUUGGUAUCUGAAAAUCAGAGCAAAAGUGUUUGGCGGUAAAUCAAAAAGGCUUUACAGUGUGACCUCAUUUCAACGGGUCGGGUUCAAUGAAGACGAUGUGUUACCUUCGUUAACCAAUGAUAAUCUGAUUGCGACGGGCGGUUCGGGUCAUGUUUAUAAGGUGAAGCUGAAGUCGGGUCAAGUUUUGGCGGUUAAGAAGCUAUGGGGAGGAAGCAGCAGGAAGCCGGAGAGUGAGUUGGUCUUUAAAUCCGAGGUUGAGACGCUGGGUCGGGUCCGGCAUGGCAAUAUUGUAAAAUUGGUGUUUUGUUGUAGUGGGGAGGAUUGUAGGAUAUUGGCCUAUGAGUACAUGGAGAAUGGGAGCUUGGGUGAUGUUUUGCAUGGAGAGAAGCUUGGGCCGUUGGUGGACUGGGCCGCGAGGUUCAGCGUUGCAUUGGGCUCGGCCCACGGGCUGGCCUAUCUUCAUCAUGACUGCGUCCCGUCUGUCGUUCACCGGGAUGUGAAGAGCAACAACAUAUUGCUUGACGAGGAGUGGACUCCACGCGUGGCGGAUUUCGGUCUUGCCAAGACGUUGGAGCGUGAUGUGGCAUCCGAACAUGGUGCCAUGUCACGAAUAGCUGGAUCUUACGGUUAUAUUGCGCCAGAAUAUGCAUACACACUAAAAGUUACAGAGAAGAGCGACGUCUACAGCUUCGGUGUGGUGUUACUGGAACUGAUCACCGGUAAGAGGCCGAACGACGUAACCUUUGGGGAGAACAAGGACAUAGUGAAGUGGGUUACUGAGGCUGCAUUGUGUUCUCCUUCCUCUUCGGAUGGUGAUGGUGAAAGUGACAAAUGUUGUGGGAUUGAUCUUAGCCAGAUUGUUGACCCGAGAAUGAACCCAACCACAAGGGAUUUCGAAGAGAUUGAAAAGGUUCUGAGUGUGGCUCUUCUUUGCACCUCUGCAUUCCCAACUAACAGGCCAUCCAUGAGAAGAGUGGUUGAAUUGCUAAAAGAUCAGAAACCAUCUAGUCAAAAAUGUUGAAUUUCUUGUAUCGUUUCACUACAUUGUGCAAAUUUUAGGGCAGUCUAGUUUUCACUAGGACUAGUUUGGUGGUGGCGCAAAAUUUAAUCAGCCAGCUUAGAUUGUUGGGGCUUUUCUUGGUAAUAAAUUAAGAACUGAGUACAGAAGUUGUCAAUAUUAUGGAAAUGCGGUUUAUUUCUCAUUGUUAUUUGAAGGCAGGCGCAGAAGUGUUUGUUUAUG